AUGUCAACGUUAAACUAAUUCCAACAGAAACUUUCUUAUGAUAAAUAUGUUCUUUAAUAUGAAGUGAAACACUAAAAAAAAGUCCUCAAAAAUCGGGCGACAGGGUUUUCAGAUACAACGUCGGAAAGUUUAUGUUUUGUUCGUUUUCUGACGAUGUCCAUUACCAUACACCAUAUCUCUCGUUUUCCUACUUCCGGUUCUGACGUAAACAAAGCGUCUGCAAAGUUUACUGUGAAAGUGUUACAUUAUCCGUUUAUUUAACCACCAAGACGAAUAUAUUUCAAAGGAUUGGUAAAUAUACGUUUAUUUGCAACAAUAAAUACAACAUUUACGCCACUAUGACUUUUUAAAGAGGCGAAAAUAAGCAAGGUCUUUUAAUGUUUUAUGUUUUUCGCGAUUUGUUUACUAGAGGCUAAUACACUUUAUUAUGUCCAGUAUUGGCCACAUAUGCUUUAGUACAGUAAACAUACGUAUUUAUAUCUAUAAUGGUAAUGAAAAAAACAGGUAUUUAUGAAAAAAAUAAUAGAAAAACACGUUGCCUAAUAAGGAAUAUAACCAAAAAAAAAUCUACGGAAGCGUUUUUGGGUCAUAAAUUUAAAAAUGGAAAAACUCUGCAAAUAGGCUAUUGCGUUUAUUUUUGACUGAAAGUAACGAAUAUAUAUUAUUAUUAUUCGAAAUAAUAUUUGUUUUUCGUUAAAUUGAUUAAGAAAAGAUAUUAUGAUUCAUUGUAAAGUUUUAAUUGUAGUGAAUUGUAACAUAGUAAACCCAUUUAUUUCUAUUUAAAACGAAAAAAGUAAAUUUAUUUUAUUUAUUUUUUGUUCAUUUCAGGAAAUAUGGAAUGCGUAGCACGAUUAAUUAUAUUUGAAACACUGUUAAAGAGAAGCUGAUGAAACAGAUGUACAUUAUCUUUGAUUACUGCUGCUUACUGCUUUUUCUGGCGAUGAGCAUGAACACUGAGCAGCAAGCCUGUGUUAUUUGUAAAGUAAAAGAUGAAGGUCCUACUGCCAAGCUUGGUACAAAGGGGUGCAUGAGUUUAGUGACAGUUAGCAAGAAGAAAGGUGAUCUGCUAUGUGUUUCUCCGGGCCAGAUAGUACAUCUUGAGUGUAGGAGGGUCUACUGUCACCCAAACCAGCUUAGAACAUCAAAAGAAAAGUCUGAUUUAAGCUCUAGUGUAAAGACACGGAAAUCUGGUGAAACAGCAUUUGAUUUUGAAAGUAAAUGUAUCUUUUGUGGUACUGACGCAAAACAAAAUGAAAAUAAAAGAGGUUAUGACGUUUUCCCAGUUAGAACUCUAGAAUUUCAGCAAACAAUAAAAAAUGUGUGUAAACAGAGAAAUGAUGAAUGGGGAAAUGAUGUACUUUGUAGGCUUGAAUUUGUACACGACCUUCCAGCUGCUGAAGCUCGAUAUCAUCAAGUAUGUAGCGUUAAUUUUAGGACAGGUUAUCAAAUUCCUACGCCAUAUAAAUCUCCUGUUAAUUCUCAAAAAAGAAAAAAGGUAGACCAACUAAAAAAGAAAUAGAAGACGCAUUCUUUGAUACCAUGAAGUAUUUUGAAAAUCAUGAACAUGAUCAGGUAACACUGUCAGAUCUUGUGAAAAUUAUGUCAGAGCUGUGUGGGGAUGAUGAAGCAUAUGGUACAGCUUAUAUGAAAAAAAGAAUGAUUGAACAUUUUUGGGAUGCUAUCAUUAUAUCAGAACUGAAUGGGAAACAUGACGUUGUAACAUUUAAAAGUACAGCUCAUUCCAUUUUACAUUCUUUUUAUAAUAGAAAUGGCAAACAAGAUAGUGAAUCAGAACAGAAAGCUAUCAUACUAACAGCAGCAAAACUUAUUAUCAGUGAUAUAAAGUCUGGCGAGUAUUCAAAAGAAAUUUAUCCAACAGCAUCCGAAAUUAUGUCACUUGAAUCUAACCUUAAGUAUGUCCCUGAAAGUCUCCAAAUAUUCCUAAAUAAGAUAAUUGAUAACAAACAAGGAGAAAAGAAGAUUGCAUCUAUAGGUCAAGCAAUUGUGCAAGCUGCUUGCCCAAGGAGUGUUAUCGCACCACUACAGAUAGGUUUAGGUGUGCAAGUCCAUCAUCUAGUUGGCUCUAAAAUGCUACUUGAAUCUUUACAUAGUCUUGGUUUCUGUUCCUCUUAUCAAGAAGUUCUGAAAUAUGAAUCUUGUGCUGCAGUUACACAGGGAACAACUAUUCACACAACUAAUAAUGAAUUUGUGCAAUACAUAGCCGACAAUGUCGAUCAUAACAUUUGUACAUUGGAUGGACUGAACACAUUUCAUGGGAUGGGCAUAAUUGCAGCUGUUACUCCUAGACUUAAAACGAAUCAAAUUAUCCCACGUGUACAUGUAGCAAAUGAAGAGGUAACUGAUAUUGCAAAAAUUGACAUUCAUUUCUACAAACAAAAGAGUAACAAAAUGGAAGAGAUGAUAUUUAAACAUUUAAUUGAUUUAGCAGACAUUGAAGAACCACUGAGAGAACUUGACUUCCUGAUUAAAAUUG